UUUCGAUCACACUUCAAUCCCAUACAUUUUUUUGGUUCCCGUCGCCUUGUUCCUCACCAAAAACCCAAAACACCCGCCGCCCUAAUCGCCACCUCGCAUCAACGAUCGAGAUCUCGAGAGCACUCUCUCCAUCCGUCUAGGGUUUCGUCCUCCUCGCGCGAUCCCCCCCAUCGCCACCCUCUCCAUCUAGGGUUUGGCUGCCAUGGACUACGCGAGCGAUCCGUACGUGGACGAGGACGGAGAGCCCCUCAUGGACCCCGACGCGCCGCCCUCCGACGGCGAGCCCUCGCCCGGCCCCGGCGGAUUCCCGGGCGAUGACGACGAGGAUGACGAUUGGCGGCGCGAGCGGUCCCCGACGCCUGUGCUGGGAUCGUCGGCGGCGGCGGAAGGGAAGGGCGGGAAGCCGAGGAAGCGGCUGGUGAAGAAGGGCGCUAAGGAGGGAUCGCCGGAUCGCAGCGGAACCCCGCCGAUGUCGUUCGCCGGAGAUGAUCUGAACGAUUGGGAGGACGAGCCUUCGUCCUCCUCGAAGAAGAGGAAGUCCUCCUCAUCCUCCAAGGGGGAAGGGAGCGGGAAGAAGGAGAGGAGAAAGAAUAUGGAGAGGUUGGCGGAGAAGGGAUCCAAAUCCGGAUCGAAGGGUUCUAGGGAUCACGGUGGUGAACAGGAGAUGAAAGAACUGUGGGACACCAUUGCCGGCGGUGAUUCAGAGGAUGACCAAGAGGGUGCUAGAACUCUUGACGAUGAUGCUUUCAUCGAUGAUAGUGGAGUUGAUCCUGCUGAUCGCUAUGGCAGUGACAACGAGGCUGUUUCUGCUGGCGAUCAUCCUCAGGCUGAAGUGGGUGAGGAAGAUGAUGAAAUUAACCAACUUUUAAAGGGAGGAAAGAAGAAAAAGAAGAAUGAAAAAUCACCAGCUGAGAUUGCGAUGAUAGUAGAGCAUCUCAUGGCUGAGCUUGAAGUAGUUGCCGAGGAGGAUGCUGAACUGAAUAGGCAAUCAAAACCUGCUAUUAAUAAACUAAGGAAGCUGCCACUGCUUAUUGAAGUUCUCUCAAAAAAAAAGCUACAGCAAGAAUUUUUAGAUCAUGGAGUGCUAACUCUGCUGAAGAACUGGCUUGAGCCCCUUCCCGAUGGAAGUUUGCCGAACAUGAAUAUUCGAUCUGCAAUACUGAAGCUGCUUACUGAUUUUCCUAUUGAUUUGGAGCAAUACGACAGGAGAGAGCAGCUGAAGAAGAGUGGUCUCGGGAAGGUCAUUAUGUUUUUGUCGAAGUCUGAUGAAGAGACUACAGCGAAUAGAAAACUGGCAAAAGAAUUGGUUGAUAAAUGGAGUCGGCCUAUAUUCAACAAGAGCACUAGGUUUGAGGAUAUGAGGAGCUUUGACGAUGAGAGAGUUCCUUAUCGAAGGCCAGCACAUAAGAAGCCCAUAUCGAGUGAUGCUGGACUCCAAUCUAGAGAUGACGAUCUUGAUUUAGCUGAGUUCUCACAGGGCCGGAAGAGUGGCCAAUCAGCUUCGAGGCAACAUGCUUCUAGGCCAGAAGCAUUACCCUUGGAUUUUGUUGUGCGUCCUCAAUCUAAGAUUGAUCCAGAGGAAAUUAGGGCGCGGGCUAAGCAAGUUGUGCAAGAUCAACGGCGGUUGAAGAUGAACAAGAAGCUGCAGCAGCUAAAGGCACCCAAAAAGAAGCAGCUUCAAGCAUCAAAGCUCAGCGUGGAGGGCCGCGGGAUGGUCAAAUACUUAUAAUCCGCAAACGUUGUGGGGCGUGAGAUGUUUAAUUAUCACUAUGACUACCAAUGACAAGUAAUAUUGCCUGCGUCAUAUUUCUCAUUACAUCAAUUUAUAUUCUGCUAGCAUGAUGGUGGAAAAGAUCUGCGUUCAAUCAGUGGGCGGCGAAACAAUCUAAAGGUUAAUGCGUGUGUAAAUCUCUGUUCUAGAUAUAUAUGUGGGGAAAUUAUCUCUAUCCUCGAUAUUUAUAGGGAAAUUAUCGAUCUAUGGUCCGUGUGUCUUGGAGGAGGAUUUCAUUGAAAAUAAUAACUAUAUAUUCAGAGCCAUUCGGAGGCUUGAGGCAGGUUUACUUUGCACCUUUACCAAAUGUAGAGUUGUUCAAUCAAAUGAUUGGGAAGUCAAUAGCAGAUAUCAUGGCGAAAGGUCCAUUUCUCUUGUUUGAAUAUUCCUUUUCUGAUAUGUAAUUUGAUCAUUUUGCUCAA